UUUUGUGCCCAAGUGAAUUAGUGUUGAAUUUUCGGCCGAGGGCCCUUAAAACCCCAAGCCAGCGUUAAGCGGGAGCCAUGAGGAUCCAGCGGCAUUUUGUGUUGGGUUUGCUCGGCGUGCUCUCUGUUGUCAGCAGGGGCAGCUAUGCCAAAGCUGUCGGCGAUCAACAGACAGCCGAGACCCAGGUGAGCAGCAAGAGCGUCGCUCAGCAGCGUAUCGGCCACGACUUCGGCCUGGGUCUCGACCUCGGCAUUGGCGAGCACGAUGUGCACGAGGAGCACAUACACGAGCACCACGAGCACCAUGAGCAUCACGAUCCCGGCUAUUGGAAGAAAAAAGUCACGUGGAAGGAGGGCUGGAAGAAGAUAUGGAAUCCAGCCAAGAAGCAAAUCUGGAAUCCAUCGUGGAAAAAGAUCUAUAAGCCGCACUGGGUUAAGGUUCCAGGCUGGAAAGAGAUUCAAGUGCCCGCAUGGAAACAAAUAUGGGUGCCGCAUUGGAAAGAGAUUUUAGUGCCCGCUUGGAAGGAUAUUCAGGUUCCCGACUGGAAGCAAUACUGGACACCGGAACUAGUCAAGGUUGGCAUUCCCGGAGAGAAAUAUUUGGGUAAGGAUCAUGAGGGCUGGGAGUACACCAGCCACGAUCUGUGGAAGAAGAGGGUUGUGUGGAAGUCACACUGGAAAAAGAUCUGGAAGCCAGCCAAAAAGCAAAUUUGGGUGCCAGAAAAGAAACUGGAAUGGAAGGAGGCCUGGAAGCAGUACUGGAAGCCUGGCAAGAAGCAAAUCUGGAACGACAAACUGGAGUGGAAAGAGGCAUGGAAGCAAAUCUGGGUGCCCGGCUGGAAGGAAAUUUGGGUGCCUGGCUGGAAGAAAAUCUGGAAACCCGUCGUAAUAUCCGAGUGGUUCCCCUCGCCCGAUCACCAUCACGAACACCAUCAUGACGUUGGCUGGGAUUGGGAUCGCAAAGACAAAGGUGCCACCAGUGAAAAGGACAAAGUCGUAUGGAAACGCGAUGACAGCAAUGCGUCAGCCGCAAAGCCAACGCAACUGAAGCCAGUGGUCAGCGCUGACUUUCAAGCCAAGACGCUCGAGGCAGCCAAAUCGCCAAUUGCCGCAGCCGCAGCUGCCGCCGCAACUACGCAGUCAUUCAAGUUUCCAGGCGCGUAGAGCGCCUAUGAAAAUAUGAUUAUAUAUAUAACAUUUAUAGAGACGUACAAAUGUACAACACCCGCCCAGUUCCGAGCUCCUUGUAAAUAGUUGCAAACCAGUCGCUAGCAUGUAAGGCCCACUUUUUCUUU